ACAGUGAGCAGAGGUGGCCCCAUUAGCACAUCUAAACCAAAGCCAGACAGAGCUCUCACUGCUGAACAUGAAGCUUCUCCUUUUAAUGAGCCUCCUGAUCUACAGCUCCAUACAAACAUCUCAGACCGAUCGGAGAUCUUCCCCUGCUCCUCCUAAUGUGUCCCAGUCUUCUCCAGUGAGCUCCAGAGAAACUGACAGUAUAGAAGCAAACAGCGAGAAUAAACCCCAAACAAUGACUCCACUCAGAAUAUUCAGUCAGAGUGGAACAGAGGGGAGAGACGUCAUCCUGGCCUGUGGAAAUGAGGGUAACGUGACCUGGGAAAAAGGCACUGAUGAAAGAAGAUCUACCAUCCUCAGAGCUGAAAAUGGAGAAAUCACCCAGAGACUCAGGCCUGAUCCAGAAAACAGAUACAGUGUAUUAACUGAUUUAUCACUGGUGAUAAGGAGCGUUUCUCUCUCUGACUCUGGGAUUUAUUACUGUAACGCUGCUCCUGUAGUGAAUCUGACUGUGAAUCCUGCUCCACCAGCAGAUCAGAGAUCUUCCCCUGCUCCUCCUAAUGUGUCCCAGUCUUCUCCAGUGAGCUCCAGAGAAACUGACAGUAUGGAAGCAAACAGCGAGAAUAAACCCCAAACAAUUACUCCACUCACUUCCUCAGCGGCCACACUUACACCUUCAUCUACAGUGAUUAACUCAGAGGCUCCAACCACCAACUCCACAGCUCAGUCCUCUUCAGGAAGUGACGAUCUCAGCUCUUCCACUGCUCCUCCUGGUGUGACCUGCUGUUCUUCAGUGAGCUCCAGUAAAACUCACAGGGCAAGAAAAAGAAUGAAUGAACUCCCCACACCCGCACUCAAAUCUACAAAAGCUUCAGAAAAGAAAACACAGUCUACACAGACUGAGCGAGAGUCUGAAGAGUGGAGCAAGAGCAAUUACCUUAUCACUAUUGCUGUGCUGGUUGGAGUGCUGCUGAUCAUUUUGGCUCUGUUUCUACAGAGAUGCUAUUUCAAAAGGAAAGCUGCCAGAGCCACCAAGACUGACCAUGUCUACGAAACCAUAAAUGACGCUGCACUGACCACACAGCCUGCAUCUGCCCCUCCAAAAGAAUAUGAAACCAUUUACGUGCUGGCAGGUGAUCCGGACGUCAUAAAACUGGGCUUGAAGAACCAAAGUGCAGCUUCCCCUUUAAAACCACAAGCUCAGUCCACUGAGAACAACCUGAGUGAGCCGCUCUAUUCCAGCAUCCAAGAACUCAGCACAUAACUGUGUGAAGUAAAAACCUCACUGCCUUCACGAUCCAAUCGGAAUAGCACAGCAUCUCAACCUGCUUCUGUUUGAACCUGCUAACAUGUUUACAUUUUUAAACUAGAUCUAAACACAUAUCUUUGGAGUUUUUGGUAGAAUGUUGUAUAUUACAUGUACAGUAAAGACUUGACUUGAUAAUCUGGGUAACUUAUUUGCAUGUUAAUAAAUGUUUAAGUAAUGA